AUGAAUGAAAUCAAGGUUUUUAGAUUUUUAGGGUUUAGAUUUUUACUUCAUGGUCAAACAAUUGAAAUUAUUUGAACAAUUCUUCCUGCAAUUAUUUUAUUAUUUAUUGCUUUUCCUUCUCUUCGACUUUUAUAUUUGUUAGAUGAAAUUAAUGAACCUUCAAUUACAUUAAAGGCAAUUGGUCAUCAAUGAUAUUGAAGCUAUGAAUAUUCAGAUUUUAAUAAUAUUGAAUUUGAUUCUUAUAUAAUUCCAACAAAUGAAUUAAAUUUAGAAAAUUUUCGAUUAUUAGAUGUAGAUAAUCGAGUAAUUUUACCUAUAAAUUCACAAAUUCGAAUUUUAGUAACUGCUGCAGAUGUAAUUCAUUCAUGAACAGUUCCCGCUCUUGGGGUAAAAGUUGAUGGAACUCCAGGUCGAUUAAAUCAAACUAAUUUUUUAAUUAAUCGCCCUGGAUUAUUUUAUGGUCAAUGUUCAGAAAUUUGUGGAGCAAAUCAUAGUUUUAUACCAAUUGUAAUUGAAAGAAUUCCAGUAAAUUAUUUUAUUAAAUGAAUUUCAAAUAAUAAUUCUUCAUUAGAUGACUGAAAGCAAGUACUGGUCUCUUAAACCAUUUUAUAGUAAAUUAGCACUUACUUCUAAUGAAUUUAAAAAAUUAGUUAAAAUAUAACAUUAGUUUGUCAAACUAAAAUUAUUAAUUUAUUAAUAUUUUUUAAUUCCUCAAAUAGCCCCUAUUGGUUGAUUAAGCCUAUUUAUUAUUUUCUCAAUCACUUUCAUGAUUUUUAAUAUAAUAAACUAUUAUUCAUAUAUUCCUUCUAUACCUAAAUCUAAUUUAAUUAACAAAACAUACUCUACAAAUUCAUUAAAUUGAAAAUGAUAACAAAUUUAUUUUCUGUAUUUGACCCUUCAUCUAGUAUUUUUAAUCUUUCAUUAAAUUGAUUAAGAACAUUUUUAGGAAUUUUAAUAAUUCCUUCUAUAUAUUGAUUAAUGCCUUCUCGAUAUCAUAUUUUCUGAAAUAAUAUUCUUUUAACUCUUCACAAAGAAUUUAAAAAUUUAUUAGGACCUUUAGGAGCUAAUGGUUCUACUUUUAUUUUUGUUUCUUUAUUUUCAAUAAUUCUUUUUAAUAAUUUUAUAGGUUUAUUUCCUUACAUUUUCACUAGUACUAGUCAUUUAACUUUAACUUUAACAUUAGCUUUACCUUUAUGAUUAUGUUUUAUAUUAUUUGGAUGAAUUAAUAAUACUCAACAUAUAUUUGCUCAUUUAGUUCCUCAAGGAACUCCUGCAAUUCUUAUACCAUUUAUAGUAUGUAUUGAAACUAUUAGAAAUAUUAUUCGACCAGGAACUUUAGCAGUUCGAUUAACUGCUAAUAUAAUUGCUGGACAUUUAUUACUUACAUUACUAGGAAAUACUGGUCCUUCAUUGUCAUCUAUUUUACUAGGAUUCUUAUUAAUUACCCAAAUUGCAUUAUUAGUUCUAGAAUCAGCUGUAGCUAUAAUUCAAUCUUAUGUAUUUGCUGUUUUAAGAACAUUAUAUUCUAGUGAAGUAAACUAA